UGACGGUGAAGAAGAAAGGAAGUGACGUAGCUGCAGUUGAUGUAAAAUGGCGACGGUCGUGUGUUAGUCAAAACAUAACUCAAACUUAGAGCGAGACACCGAGAAAGGGACCGUUAAUACGAAGGGAACGAGAACCUCCGUAACACCUGCUGCGUCUCACCAAGGUAACCGAGUUACUUAUUACACCUAAAACACUCUCUCCACGGUGCAGUCUGGUAAACAGCCAGGUUCAGUCAUGACCGAGCAGGCUGAUGUUAACGUCACCGCUAACGUUACCGCGGCCUCGGAGGGCAUCGUGGGGCUGGAUGAGCCCAAGAAGAUGACCCGGGAGGACUGGAGGAAGAAGAAGGAGCUGGAGGAGCAGAGGAAGCUGGGAAACGCUCCUGCUGAGGUGGACGAGGAGGGGAAGGAUAUAAACCCGCACAUCCCGCAGUAUAUUUCAUCAGUGCCGUGGUACAUUGACCCAUCCAAAAGGCCCACGCUAAAGCAUCAGAGGCCACAGAGUGAAAUUCAGGCGCAAUACUCAGCCAUUGGAGAGUGGUACAAGAGAGGAGUGAAAGAGAGCUCUGUCGUCACUAAAUUUCGGAAGGGAGCUUGUGAAAACUGCGGUGCCAUGACACACAAGAAGAAGGACUGUUUGGAGCGGCCCAGAAAAGUUGGAGCAAAGUUCACUGGCACAGGUAUAGCUCCAGAUGAACACUCACAGAUACAGCUUGACUUGGACUACGACGGAAAGAGAGACCGCUGGAACGGGUAUGAUCCCGAGGAACACCAGCGCAUUGUGGAAGAAUACGCCAAAGUAGAUCUGGCCAAAAGGACACUGAAGGCACAGAAGCUUCAGGAUGAGUUGGCCUCUGGAAAACUAGACCCAACUGAGCGGGAACACGACAGCGAGGAUGAGGAUGAAGAUAAAUAUGCAGAUGACAUUGACAUGCCUGGUCAGAACUUUGACUCAAAGAGACGAAUCACUGUCAGGAAUCUGCGUAUCAGAGAAGACACAGCUAAAUACUUGAGGAAUUUGGAUCCAAAUUCAGCAUACUAUGAUCCAAAGACUCGAGCUAUGAGAGAGAACCCAUACUCCAACACUGGCAUGAACCCCGACGAAGUGGGAUACGCUGGAGACAAUUUUGCCCGCUAUUCAGGGGACACAAUCACUAUGGCUCAAACACAGCUGUUUGCCUGGGAGGCCUAUGAGAGAGGCUCUGAGGUGCAUCUGCAGGCUGACCCCACCAAGCUGGAGCUGCUCCACAAGUCCUUCAAGGUCAAGAAAGAGGACUUUAAAGAGACACAGAGGGAUAGCAUCCUAGAGAAGUACGGAGGUGAAGAGCACUUGGAUGCACCGCCGCGUGAGCUUCUGUUGGCCCAGACAGAGGACUACGUGGAGUACUCUCGUCACGGUGCAGUACUGAAGGGGCUUGAGAAAGCUGUGGCUCGCUCCAAGUAUGAGGAGGACGUCCUCAUCAAUAACCACACUUGUAUAUGGGGGUCCUUCUGGAAAGAUGGCUUCUGGGGAUACAAGUGUUGUCACUCCAUGGUCAAACAGAGUUACUGCACAGGAGACACUGGAGUUGGAGUAAACAACUCCGACUGUGUUCCCUUUGAGGAGGGCCUGACCGAGCCACAGGAGGAAGAACCGCCCAAGACUCUGCUGGAAAUGCACAGAGAUAAGAUGAUAAAAGAGAAGAAGAAGAAAAAGAAGAGCAAAAAGAACAAGAAGAGAACAAGCUCUGACGACAGUGAUUCAGAGGACGAAGAGAAGAAGAAGGAGAAACUGAAGAAGGCACUGGAAGCAGAGGACAAGCGGGUGAAGCACAUUGAGCAAAUAAUGCAGAUAGAUGAGAGAAAGAGGCCGUACAACAGUUUGCUGGAAGUAAAGGCGCCCACUGAGGAGGAGAUGGAGGCCUUCCGUAUGAAACGCUGCCGGCCAGAUGAUCCCAUGGCUUCGUUCCUGGGACAGUGAUCUCUUCCUCAGCUCUGCCAGUGCCCCUAAAUUCUCCCCCGAGUACUCGACCAGAGCUGCUGCUCGGUGGAAAAAGACUCUUAAAACUCAAGUUUUGUCAUAUUUACAGCAGGAAGACUCUGUUUGCUUUAUAAAUGUGACAGAAAGUGUGUACAGUGUUUUUGUUAAUUUCAUUUUGCACGCUUUUUAUUUUUGAUGCUACGUGUUGAAAGAUCUUAUGACAAUAGUGAUGAUCGAGGAAAAUAACUUUGACAGUUUUCUUGGCAACAGUAAUUUGAGGAAAGUAACUACUUUUUAGUGGGAUUAAUGCAUCAUUUUUAUAAUAAAAUAUAUAUUUGCCUGAA